AAAAUUCCAAUUUCCAUACAUUGAACGGAAAGACUCGAUCGGUCAAGUCAAAUCUCAAAGCUCUUCUUCGUUUGCUGUCCUCCACUUGUUGCGCUGUACGUACAAAAUUCUCUGUUGCUUCCUCUGAUUAUAUUGCUGCUUCUCUUCGAUCUUCCGUUUCUUUGUCAUUCACCGGCGCCGCCGUCGGCUUCAGGCGCCUGUUUAUGAAUCAGACGUUUUUCUACUUCUUCCGGCUGCCGUUGCUACUUUUGAACCUAAAUUUCAAUCCAGUGUAUCUAGCCAAAGUACUUUGAAGGCCAUGGCCCGCUAAUGCGAGUGGCUUUCUAAGACUACACCGUCCUUUUCGGAAAAUUUGCAGCAAUUGUGCAUUUGCGUCUGUCUCUUGUGUACAUGACUAUCUCAGUCAUCGACGCUUCCGCUCCGAGCAAGGAACUUCUAUGGCUGGCUUCGGUCUUUUCUGGCAUUGUUUUCUGCAAGAUUGUUUACACGUUAACAGGCAUCGUUAGCCUCCAAAGCUUUAAAGCAUAUGGCAAGUUAAGCAAUUUUGGAAAGGUCGAAUGGAACAAUAGGGGGUUUUCAACAUUCCACGCCCUUGUUUCAGCAUCUUCUUCUCUUUACCUUGUUCUGUUUUCUAGUACUUUCGAUCCAGGUUCCAGUAAUGAGCUUCUUAUAAGAAGAACGUCCUCUUUAUCUGAUAUGACAUUGGGGUUCUCUAUUGGCUAUUUUCUAUCAGAUUUGGCAAUGGUUCUUUGGUAUUUCCCGGCUUUAGGUGGUUUCGAGUAUGUCGUGCAUCAUGUUUUAUCACUGUUCUCGAUCAUUCAAUCCCUCCUAAGUGGCCAAGGACAGGUUUACAUACUAAUGGUUCUUUUCACAGAAAGCACAACUCCAUUUGUAAAUCUUAGAUGGUACUUGGACAAUGCUGGCCAGAAGAACUCAAACCUUUACGUCAUUAAUGGAAUUGCAUUGUUUCUCGGGUGGUUGGUUGCGAGGAUUCUCUUAUUUAUAUAUUUUUUCGUUCACAUGUUUAAACAUUUUGAUCAGGUGAAGACCGUGUAUCCUUUGGGCUUCUAUAGUUUGCUGAUGGUGCCUCCUAUGUUGGCAAUGAUGAACGUUUUUUGGUUUUGGAAGAUCGCUAGAGGAAUGAUUAAAACUCUUAAAAAGGCAAGGUAUAGCAAAUGACAGGUCUAUUUUAACCUGCUUCCUUGUUUAUCUUGUAGUAAGUAUGAUAUUUGGUUGCCAACAGCCAACAUGUAAAAAGUUUUGAAAAAGAAAAUGGAGUUAAUUUGGAGGUACAAGUAAGCUUUUGCACUGUAAAACUUAAAGCCACCGGUGCAAAAACCUCAAAUUGUUUGUUAAUAUAGACUAAACAUACUUGUUAUUCAUAUAACUUUUGAGAGGUUCUAGUUUA